AUGAAACGAAAGUACAACAAACUCUUUAAAACUGAGGUAGAAUCAGAUGCUUUUGGAGACCUUGAGACAUUUCAAGACUUCGAAUCAAAGUUAAAAACUUUUAUUGAUAAUUCUUCAAAAUUCACUAAAGGGAAAUAGAAAGUGUAAAUUAAAGAAUCAAUUUCAUAAACCGAUUUAGACUUUUAAUCUAUUUUGUUAGAUAAAAUUAUAAGAAAAUCAAUGACUAAAAAAGACCUCAAAACAAAAUAUAUAGAUGUUUGUUCAGAAUUUGGGAUUGAUUAUUAUCAAUUACUUAAGCUCGAAACUCUAGAAUUGAAAUAAAAUUAUGCGAUCCAAUGUGCUACUAAGUCAAUAUCUAAAAGUUUAGAGACUUUGUUAGCCAAGUAUAAACAGGAAAAGAACGAACCUUCUGUUCCAAAUAGCAGUAAACAAUUAGAUCUGUAUGGGUGGAUGAAGGUGAAAUCUCAAUAUAAGAAACUCAAGAAAAUCCUACAAUAUGCUCUAGUAGAGCUUGUUUAAUAAAAUUCUAAUCAGGAUAAAAUUAAAAUGUUUUUUGCAUACAUUAAUCAUUUUAUAUAAAAACGACACAAAACAACAGAGAGUCUAAAUUUCAGUACUGCUCACACUUCAAGAAUUCGUACAUAGCAAAAUUUUGAAGAGAAAUUAUAUUUAGAUCCUCCUCAAUUUCAAUUUUCCAAGCCAGAUCUAUUUUUUGAAUGGAAUUAGGCAAUUGAAUAAGGCUUUUUUUUAAAUGACAAUAAUAUUCAUAGAGUUGGAUAUGAAUUAAUGAAGAAACAAAAUAGCAAGGGCGUUAAUUAUUAAAAGAGAGAAAAAUUAUUAGAUUAAUGUUAGGAAGGAAAUUAUUUGACUGCUGAAGAAUUAAAGUAUUUAGCAUCAACUUCCUUUCUAAUAAAUAAAUGUUUGGACAAGUAGUUUAUUCAGAGAGCAAUUAAUUUUUUGGAUUCUCAAGUCAUUCAUUAAAUUGAAAUGAAUAUAGCUGAACAAAUAUUAUAGACUUUUUAUUAUUUGAAGAAAAACCUUACCAAAUAUAGAAAGGAAUGGUUAGAAAAAGUUAAUAUUGAGAAACGAAAGAAUAUUAAAAUCAAUUCAGAGCUAAAUUAAAAGAAAAAUUAAUUGCUUUCAAAUUCGAACCAAAUAAGAAAUAUCAAAAAGAAAAUUAUCAAUUAAUUAAGAGAUGUUGCAAAGAAAAAACAGCUAUAAAGUGAAGCAGAAAGAAAAAAAGAGAAAUAUUUAAGAAUAUAACGAAGAAUGGGCAAUCCAUUAGCAAAUAUAUAUGUCCAAAAGUUCAAAGAAAUUGUGCUUUAAGUGAUAAGUAAAAUUAGAGAAAAAAAAGUGUCAGAUAAAGAAAGAUAAAAGGAAUUUUUGGAAAGGAAUGAAGCUAAACCACCUCCAAAAGCCAUUUACACCAUUGGAAACGAAAUAUAUGAUGUAACUAAAUCAAAGAGAGCUUUUCAUCCACCUUCCAAAAUAAUGACAACUUUAUCAGAAGAUAAAUUUAAGGUGUAAAAGCCAGAUAUUUAGAAACAAGAGGUAAGGAGAUAUAAGUUAGGAAUAAGAAAUUAUACAGUUACAUAAGAUCAAUUUAAGAAUUACUAUGCUGGUGGACCUUAAUUACCAAGAAAAUUUCAAUCUCCAGAGUUAUAACAUUUAAUUAAACAUGAUGAUUCAGAUACUAAUUUUCCAAGAAAAAAUAAUUGGAUAACUUCAGAAGCAGAGGUUUAAGCUGCAAAUAAGAUCAAAUUUGCUAUUAAAAGGUAUAUCCAGAAGAAAGCCUUAAAUAAGUUAAUUGUAAAAAGUGAAGUAAAAAAAAACAGGGAUAUUGAAAUUAAAAUUAGAAAAUGCAUGUAAGCAAAAAAGUUCUUUGAAGAACUUCACAAAGAAUUAGAUAAAAGAUAAAGUGAAAGACUUAAAGAUAUUUCAAGUCAUUAACCGCCAAAAUUACCAAUAGAUAAACUUGAAAAGGUUCCAUCUUCUGGUGCUUUGAGCAUAGGUGUAAAAAGUAGUGGCCAAAUUUCCUAAACGUAAAGGACAACUAAGAGGUUAUAAUCUCAUAGAUUAAGUCUUUAUAAAUAUAUGCCACCACAAGAAAAAGUUGACGAAAACUCAUUGGAUACAGCUAGAAGGGCAGAACUAGAAAUAAAGGAAAUCGCCAGAAAAAAGAAAUUGAUGAAAUUCUCUAAGCAAAAGGAAAUGAGUGAGGCAAAAUUGAAAAACAGGAAAUUGAUUGUUGCUGCUAAAAUGAAGAAUUUAUAGGUCGCAAUGACUUCAGGAUUUUAAUACAAUCAAAGAGAUACACAAUUAUGUGAUAGAUUUGGAAAUACUCCACUUUAUUAUUGCGCUAAAAAUGGAGAUGAAUUGUUUUGUAGAUAUUUACUCAAUUUGGGUGCAAAUGUGAAUUAACAAUGCGAGAAUCUCAAUACUCCAUUGCAUAUGGCAUUUUAAUCAGAAAGCAAAUAAAUUAUCAUUGAUUUUAUAAACAAAGGAGGUAAUCUCAAUAUGGUCAAUGCAGAUAAAUGUACUCCAUUGGCAUUUGGUUCAGAGGAAUUAUUAAAAUCUUUGAAUCUAUGCAAUCUUGUUGCAACUACAAAACAUUAAAAUUUAGAAUCUGAUAAUAAUAAUGUAUUUUCAAGGAAAGAAGCAAAAUGGAUGGACUAAUAAUUUGAGGAUGCAUUAAUAUACGAUAGAUACAAAUAUAAAACAAUAAUUUGA